AUGAAGCCCGCCACUAUUCCACAUGGCAAAAAUGAUGCGGAAGGGGCCGGGGCGAGGAUGUACGAAGGAAUGAAUACACUUCAGAAGGAGGAGCUGAAUGAUUAUUUAAUCAGUCAAAUGGGACCCGGAACUAAGUGGCAUGAUGAAAUGUCGGAUGUUGUCAACACCAUCAUACGGCAAAGGUCUAUCAAUGGUGAGCCGCUUGACGUGCAUGAUGUAUUGAGUGAAGCACUGCCGCACUGCCAACUUGCCAUCUCGCAUGAAGUACGGGAUGGAUUGUUUCGUCGUAUCGCAGGAAUGUGCACCACAACAGAUGUUUGA